AUGAGCCGGAAAAGCAGAAGGAGUUUAAAGGAGAAACUUGCCUUGAAGAACAGCUGGGCUAAAGAAGCCCUCUCAGAAUUCCUGGGAACUUUUGUGUUGGUAGUACUUGGAUGUGGGAGUACGGCACAGGCUGUCCUUAGCCGAGGAGCCAGUGGUGAUAUUGUGUCAAUAGUGGUCGGAACUGCAAUGGGAAUCGUCAUAGCAGUGUACACGGGUGCAGGGGUUUCUGGUGGUCAUGUAAACCCAGCUGUUUCAUUAGCCAUGUCCGUGACUGGAAGAUUAAAAUGGAGAAAAUUACCAGUUUACUUGUUAGCACAACUCCUGGGAGGAUUUGUUGGAGCAGCUGCUGUCUUUGGGGUUUAUCAUGAUGCCCUGAUGGCGUAUAACGGUGGAGCACUUGAAGUCACAGGCCCUAAUGCAACAGCACAUAUCUUUGCAACAUAUCCAUCUCCAUUCCUGUCCCUCGCAAGUGGAUUUGCAGAUCAGGUGUUGGCAACAGCUCUCCUGCUUCUGGGUAUAUUUGCUAUUGUGGACACCAGAAAUAACGGCACACCAAAGGGCCUGGAGCCAAUUGCAAUAGGACUCCUUGUAACGUCUCUUGCUUUCUCCUUGGCAUUGAACAGUGGCGGUGUCAUGAACCCAGCCAGGGAUCUAGGCCCAAGGCUACUCACAGCCAUUGCAGGAUGGGGGACGGAAGUAUUCACGGCUGGAAAUAAUUGGUGGUGGGUGCCUAUAGUUGCACCUCUGCUGGGAGGUGUACUUGGAGCAGUAAUCUAUGUUGUCUUUAUUGAAAUGCAUCAUUCAGAAACUCAGCCACAAGAAAAUGUUGUGUGUGACAAAUAUCAGCUGACCAAUGUGGAGUAA